GUCCACCACUAAAACAGGCCUCAACUUGGAUGGAAUUCUGAUACUCGGGCAAGACCUAGAUUCGCUCGCCGGAAAUUUUGACGUCAAUGAAAUUCUUCGAGGAUCGUUAACUCAAGUAGAAAUCUUUGAUCACGUUCUUGGAGAAAGCGAUAUUUAUGAACUCCUGCACUGUGGACAAGUUCCAUAUAACCCUUUAUUUUCGUCAGAUGUUGCACCAUUUGAAUUAUUCGGAGUCAAACUGUUGAUGCGUCAAUCGAAAGCUUAUGUGACAAAACGGAAACCUUCUUAAUGUUGACAGAUAUCGCCACAUUCGACGAAACCAUCAAAAUGUGUUCGAGAACUGGGGGAAAAGUUUUCAUUCCUACCACCACGGAACAAAACAAUAAGAUUCAUUCCGUGUUGACACAGCCUUCAUCUGUCUGCAGUCCAAAUUAUCAAAUCUUACUUGGCGUUCGAAGGAACAUUAUAUCAGAACACUGGAGUUCCUAUGAUGGACGAAGGAAUGUAGACGUAGUUUUCUUCCGGGAAAAUGCUGAUUCGGUAACGUUUGCUAAUAACGACUGUGCUUCAAUGGGUAUUUCUUCUCCACUGUGGUAUCUUGACAACUGUUCAUCAAAUCAGCCCCUCUCGUGCACACCUUGUUCGUAUGGUAAUUUUCCACCGCUUAGACUUAAAGGUUUGUGCUUCAAACAGGAAGAAUUUGGGUUCACUUAUAUUUUAGGGUACCACUCGAAAACCCCAUAUUUUUAUUCACUUUCUGGAAUUCUUAUAUACAAGGAGAAUAACAACGAGUGGUACAUGUUUGAUGCUACUAAGCAGAAAAUUGUAGCAUCCAUAAGGUUAGUUGCCGACACCUACAAUCCUCUGGGAAGGAAACUUUGGAUCGUGCAAGUUCAUGGAUUAUGCCAGUUUCGACAACACGACAAUGUCCUCAUCACGCUAACGUCAUGUGAAUCUUCAAUGUUCACAUGUGAUUCUGGAGACUGCAUAGCUUCAAACGAUCUAUGUGACGGGAUUGCUCAAUGCCAAGACCAGUCGGAUGAAAGUAACUGUGCCAUCUUACAUGUUCCCCAAACAUAUAACUCUCGCAGUCCCCCACAGAACGAAGCCCCACUGAUUAUCAUCUCCAACAUCGAAAUCUUGCAGGUGCUGGAAAUUGAUGACGAUCAUCACUGGCUACAGUUGGAUUUAGUGGUAACAUUAACUUGGAAGGACGGUCGGUUGAAGUUCAUGAACCUUCAUAAGGAUUCUGAUGAUAAUUUCCUCAGCGACGACGAAGUAGCGCAAAUUUGGAUCCCAAAGUUUCAAUUUUCUCCUGUUCAAGAUGGGGAUUCUACCCUCAUUGACAAACAAGUCCAGAUUGUGGCGGCUGGGGAAGCGUUGUCUACAGACUACAACAGACACAGAAAAGAAUAA